CCUUAGUUAGGCAAAAAUAAGCAGCUUAUAACGAACCAACUGUAACAAUUUAAUAAAAGAAAGCUUUCUUUUAAAUUUAUUAUUAUGUUUAACUAGUUGAUUCCCACAUUAUCUCUUAGUUUUGUAAUUGUUACCAUAAUUAUCAUCCUUUAAAUUGCAUAUUCUUGAUUCUAUGGCUGAAUGGGAUUUGACACCAAAAAUUGGUGCUUACCUAGAUAGGCACUUGGUGUUUCCUUUGCUGGAAUUUCUAUCAGUUAAACAGGUAUAUGAUGAAAGAGAAUUACUUCUUGGAAAACUUGAAAUGGUGAAAAAUACUCGAAUGAUUGAUUAUGCCAUUGACAUUUAUAGAUUGGUAUAUCCUGAUGCUCCUAUUCCAGAAGAACUACUUGAUAAGCGUGCAAAAGUUGUUAGUGAAUUGAAAUUAUAUCAAGAAGAAACAAAUCAUAUAAGAAAUCUCUUUGCUGAACAAACAGUUGCUAAACAAAUUGAAAACACCAGAGAUGGCCGUACUCUUCUGGAUUUUCUAGUCAAGAACUAUGAUUUCAAUAUUGAAUGGAUGGAUUCUGUGUAUAUAUUUGCGAAAAGUCAAUACGAAUGUGGUAAUUACUUAGCUGCGACACAAUAUUUGUACCUGUAUCGUUUACUUGUGCCAUCAACUGAUAAAAAUUAUCUAAAUGGUAUGUGGGGAAAACUUGCCGCUGAAAUUUUAAUGCAAAACUGGGAUGCUGCUUUAGAUGAUUUCAAUCGUUUGAAAGAAUUUAUUGACAGUAAUCCUUUUGGUUCAGCACUCAUUACUUUGCAACAAAGAACUUGGCUGAUACAUUGGAGUCUUUUUGUAUUUUUUAAUCAUGCCAAAGGACAAGAUCUAAUUAUUGAUACAUUUCUCUUUCAACAACAAUAUUUAAAUGCUAUUCAGACCAUUUGCCCUCAUAUCUUGAGGUAUCUCACUACAGCUGUAAUUACAAACAAACAAAGACCAUCUGUUAUGAAAGAAUUAGUAAAAGUUAUUCAACAGGAGUCUUACCAGUAUCGGGACCCCAUCACCGAAUUUGUAGAAUGCCUGUAUGUGAAUUUUGAUUUUGAUGGUGCUCAAAAAAAAUUGAGGGAAUGUGAACAAGUAUUGGCCAAUGAUUUUUUCCUCGUGUCUUGCUUAGAUGCUUUUAUCCAAAAUGCAAGACUGGUUAUAUUUGAAACAUUUUGUUGUAUUCAUCAGUGUUUAUCCAUCAAAAUGCUGGCAGAGAAACUGAACAUGACACCUGAAGAUGCAGAGAAAUGGAUUGUUAAUUUAAUCAGAAAUGCCCGAUUAGAUGCCAAAAUAGAUUCUCAGUUGGGUCAUGUUGUAAUGGGUACAAAAAAACUCUCACCUUAUCAACAACUGAUUGAAAAGACUAAAGUAUUAUCUAUACGAGCUCAGUUAUUGGCCUCUAAUGUUGAAAAGAAAGCACCAGUAAGUCAUGCAGAAAGAGUACCUUAUUGGGCAGGACAAGAUUUUUAAGACUAAAAUAUUACAAGUACAUAUCAUUGUUUUUAUGUCCUCUUAUCAUGCAUCUAUAUUUAUUAGCAUGUGACAUAUUUUUAUUAUAUUCUGUUAUGUAGAUUUUAACUUCAAUUCUGUUGAUUAAAUGUGUGAAUAUUUUACUAUAAUGUUAAGUUUUAACAAAAAAAAAUUGUAUAUUGUUUAUAAGUGCAAUACUCAGAAUAAAAACAAAACAACUUAAUAACUUUUCAUUCUACAUGUCAUAUUUUAAGAUACAAUCUUGAUAGUUUGAUAAAUUGGCUUCGAAUUUGUUAAUGUAGGCAAUAUUUUAAUUUACAAAAUCAGACCUUAAAACAUAUUUUAUCUAAAUAAACAUACCUUUUUUUUUACAAUCAGAGAAAAUUACAUUAAUCAAAUUGGUAAAGCAUUACAUGAAAUUAUUUUUGUGAAAAAGGUUUUAUAAUUAUGUGCAAAAAUGUUUUUAGUUCAAAAGAUAUGAUAAAACACACAAAAAGUGUAACCAACAAUAAAUUUCCCUAACUUUUGGCUGUUCUUCUGAUUUAUUUAACUAUGGAGAUCAUAUUUUCCAGAUAGCAACUAACCCCCCCCCCCCUUAUUUUGAGGUUCAAAAAUUCAAAUACAUUUUAAAAAGUGUUAGUUUAUUUAAAGAAAGAUCGAUAUUUUUGUCUGAUUUCAUGACUUGAAACAUCAUCUGCACAAAUUAAUCAUAUUUAAAUUUAGCUCUUUAAACUAUUUUUAUGUUGCAUCUUAAUAUGUGUACAGGUUAUAAAGUUGUUCCGCUUUUUUUAUUUCCUCCAUUAUAUCUUAAUCGUAAAUCUUAACAAAUCUGUUGUAUACAGUUAUUUGAAUAGUGGCUUUAAAUUAGUAGCUAUUGUUAUUACUUAUUUAUUCAUACUAUUUAUUUGUACAUGUUUAUGUAAUAUUAAUAAAUUCAGUUUUAUUCAAAAUAAAUAAAGCAUCUUUAAGAAUAUGUAUGUGUAUAUUGCUGCAAUAUUUUAAGGGAAGCGUUUUAACAUAACUUGUUAACUAUAACAUAGGUUUAUAAAUUGUACAAAUA